UUCAAGGAUCUUAUGGAUUUUAAUACGGCAAUGCUUGGAAAGCAACUAUGGAGACUGAUAGAAAAGCCAAAUACUCUCUUCUCAAGAGUCUUCAAAGGACGGUAUUACAGGAAUGCUUCACCCCUGGAACCGAUUCGUUCUUCUUCUCCGUCAUAUGGCUGGAGGAGUAUUAUUUCUGCUAGAUCUCUGGUUUGUAAAGGACUAAUUAAACGGGUGGGAACAGGUUCGUCUAUCUCUGUAUGGAAUGAUCCUUGGAUCCCAGCCACUCGCCCGAGACCAGCAACCAAAAAUUUUCCCAACUUUUAUCCGGAUCUUACAGUGGAUUCCCUCAUAAAUUCGGAAUCUCGCUCAUGGAAUUUACAGUCCAAUCAGGCUAUCAAGUGGAACGGGUCUAUCCGGAUAAGGAAAAACCGCCAGUUUUUUAUGGCCCUACAGUGGAUAUACUUAAAGCUUUCUGUUGGAAAGUUCGGUGUCCCCCAAAAAUAAGGCAUUUUUUAUGGCAACUUCUCUCAGGAUGUAUAUCGGUCAUGAAAAAUCUCAAGGCAAGAGGGAUAAAUGGAGAUACAUAUUGUGCUCGAUGCGGAGAACCUGAAGAAUCAAUUAACCAUGUAUUUUUUGAAUGUCCACCGGCACGCCAAGUGUGGGCAUUAUCCAAGAUUCCGUCAGCUCCGAAUUUUUUUCCUAUUUCUUCAUUGUUUGCUAAUAUGGAUCAUCUAUUUUGGAGAGUCCGGCCAAAGAUGGAUGAUCAUCAGUUUGCAUGGAUUUUAUGGUAUAUUUGGAAAGCUCGAAAUAACAAAGUUUUCAGUAAUUUGGAUAUUGAUCCGAGGGAUACUCUUCAAUUAGCUGAAAUAGAAUCAUCACUUUGGGCAGAAGCACAGGUGGGAAAUGACCCAACGAGAGGGCUCUCGGUACAGACCAAUGUUCCCCUAGUGACACAAGGUCGAUGGUGUUUUCUAGAUGGUUCAUGGAAGGAUGAGGAUACAUUCUCAGGACAAGGCUGGUAUAGUACUUUACCAGGGUUUGAUGGGCUGCUAGGGGCAAGGAAUGUAAGGGCAUGUCUUUCACCCCUUCAUUCGGAGAUAGAGGCGUUGAUUUGGGCAAUGGAAUGUAUGAAGAAUUUAAGACAGUUUCAGGUAACGUUUGCAACGGAUUGUUCUCAAUUGGUGAAGAUGGUUUCGGAACCAGAAGAAUGGCCAGCAUUCGAAAGCUAUUUGAAAGACAUACAGUUUCUCAAAGGAAGUUUCCUCAACUCAGAUAUCGUUCAUGUACCUCGGACAGCGAAUCUUCGGGCGGAUAGUCUAGCACGCAGUGCUAGGAAACAAUCGUCCUUUGUCGUUCACAUGGAUGCGGAGUUACCGAUUUGGUUUACAGAGUCAACAUGAGUCUGUAAAUUCUUUGCUGUCAAAAAAAAAAAAAAAAAAAA